AUGAGCUUGGCCAUGUCAGAUCUCGCUGGAGACUCUGAACAACACUUGCUUCAAAUCAUUACUAUCUUUGCCCAGGCCCUGUCGCUCAGCAAAAUGCGCUUUCUGGGCUACCCCACAAAUCUUGAGUUUGACUAUGAAGCAUUGGCACCGUUGCUUCAUUUUCACAUAAAUAAUGCUGGCGAUCCAUUUCUGGGAAGCUGCUACACUCUGAAUUCAGCAGCGUUUGAAGUUUCUGUUCUUGACUGGUUCGCUAGCUUGUGGGAGAUUGCCAAGAACCAGUGCUGGGGAUACGUCACCACCGGAGGAACUGAAGGCAAUCUUCAUGGGAUUUUAGUAGGGAGGGAACAAUUGCCAGAUGGGAUUCUAUAUGCCUCAGAAGAAUCGCAUUAUUCAGCGUUCAAAAUAGCAAGAAUAUGCAGAAUGCAGUGCGUGAAGGUUGCAACACUGAGAUCUGGUGAGAUUGAUUGUUCAGAUCUCAAGGCUUCACUUCUUGCCCACAAGGACAAGCCUGCCAUUAUCAACAUAAAUAUAGGAACAACUAUGAAUGGAGCUAUUGAUGAUAUUGAUCUUGUGGUGCAAACACUUGAAGAAUAUGGAUUUACUCGUGAUCGGUUCUAUAUCCAUUGUGAUGGAGCUCUAUUUGGACUAAUGCUUCCUUUCAUUAAACAAGCACCGAGGUUGAGUUUCAAGAAACCCAUAGGAAGCAUAGCAAUUUCGGGGCACAAGUUUCUAGGAUGUCCUGUGCCUUGUGGGGUUAUAAUAACUCGUUUGGAAUACAUCAAAGGCAACAUGUCUAGUGAUGUUGAGAUCAUAGCCUCAAGGGAUGCCACAAUCACAGGAAGCCGGAGCGGCCAUGCUGCGAUCUUCCUCUGGUACGCUCUCAAGAAGAAAGGUUUGUUGGGCCUCAAGGAGGAAGUCGACAAGUGCAUGAGAAAUGCAGAUUACUUGCUAGACAAGCUACAAAACGCAGGAAUCAGUGCAAUGAAGAAUGAGUUUAGCAAUAUCGUGGUGUUUGAGAAGCCUCAAGAUGAAGAAUUUGCUCGCAGAUGGAGUCUGGCUUGCAAAGGAAGCAUGGCACAUGUUGUGGCGAUGCAGCACGUGACGCUUGAAAUGUUGGACUCCUUUGUGAGUGAGUUUGUCCAAAAGCGAUCCUUUAAGCUCUAA